AUGGCGCCUCCGUUUAUCCCCUAUUACAUUGAUUUCAAUGUUAAAAAUCAGAGUAAAACCAUAGGUGUCUCCAAAAAGAAAGUCACCUUCAAAUUUGGAUUUGCCAAUCGACAAGCCGUGGAACAGGGUCUCGUGGGGGCGCAUUGCCGUGGCAGUGAACACGAGUGCGUCUUUACGUGGAGUUUGAACUCGGGUAAACGACAUGUCCAAAUGGAUGGAAAAGAUGUGCAUUUCAGCACCAGUGGCCAGAAUGGAUGGACAUCCGAUCGUACAUGGCAACAUGUCUUUAGCUUAAAAGUGCCCGGAUAUAGUGGUACCUUUCGAUGCCAUUUGAUCAGUCAACCAGCCCCACAAGGAUCCAAUGUCCGUCCAUUUGAUUUGAGAGUGGGAGGGGUCAGUAUCUUCAAAUUUAAUCAAAUCUUUCAAUUGGGAACUCAGCAAAUGGUUGUUCGAAAACCGGGUGGAUCCAGAUCUACCUACAAUGGAGCGGGAGAAGAAGACGAACCCAUGAGUCCCGAGGAACGAAGAAUGAUAGCCGCAGCCAGAGUGGAAUCCAUGAGAGAAUUCCGAGAACAGCAAGCAAAGCAAGCGUCGGCUCCCGCUGGUAGUGCUGCCAGCAGUGGUGCGGGUCCUCCUCCUCCUGGAACGGUCCAGACCAAUGGAGGGAAUACCGGAGGAGGGGACUUGCUGAUGAGCUUUGAUACACCGUCAUCAGCGCCCCCCGUCCCACCUCCCCAGCAACAAGGUCACAUGGUUUCCAGUUUGACGCUGGGGUCGGAAUUCAGCAGCACCAAUUCGUUUCCAUCGGCGGGAGGUCCUCCCCCUGGACAACAGCCAUUUGGAUACCAGCAGCCUCAAAACAGCUAUGGACAACCGCCCGCUAAUUAUGGACAACCGCCGGCUCCUUAUGGUCAGCCACCUGCUCCGUAUGGUCAGCCGCCUGCACCCUAUGGAACUCCCGCAGCGCAGCCACCAGCUCCAUAUGGUUCCCCCGCUGCACUUGCUCCUCAGCACUCCUUUGGAGGAGGGUCGGCAACGACGGCUCCUACAGCAAAUACGAGCGCCAUGACGCCUUACCAGGGACAAGCUCCAGCCUCGCAAUUUGCAAUGGGGAAUUCGCUCACCACCAUGUCUGUCAAUUCCUUUGGGACGGCGCCCACGCAGGCUUCAUCGUUCGCGGCAUCCGUGGACCCCUACGCCGCCCCGCCAGCAGAUCCAUUUGCGGCUCCCUCGGCAGCAGCGCCUAUGAGUUCGUUCGGACAGCUGCCACCACAACAGCAGCAACAACCCCCGCCGCAGCAAUAUGGAGGUGGAGGAUAUCCAGGCCAGCAGCAGCAGCAGCAACCAGGGCAAUUCCAAGCCUUGCAAAGUCCUACUGGUGAGACCCAAGCCAGCUUCGGAACGUACGGGAGUACACCCUCUUUUGCAAGGCCACCGCCUGCUGCUGCUGGACAGCCUCAGUAUCCGCCAGCAGGAGGAUAUGGACAAGCCCCACCACCGGCUGAUGGUUAUGCUGCCCCGCCUCAGUACCAACAGCAGCAGUUCCAGCAGCAACAGCAGUAUCAACAGCCUCAGUACCAGCAGCAGCAGUACCAACAGCCAGGGUUCUAA